AUGAGGAGCGCGAAGGGGGGGCCCGCGCCGAGCGGGACUUUGUGUUCCUCGUCGAUUCCUGCUCCAGUUGCUCCGUUCCUUGCUUCCUGUUCGUCUCGCUUUGCGAAACAACUCACGGACAUCUUCCGCCGACUUUCGCUGCCUUUUUCGACGCUUCAAGUGGAGGCGAUUCACCGGCUUCUGACACUGGCCCUUGAGAAAGAAAGCCAGGCGUUCCCCGCGCAUCUCCAGGCGGCCGUCGCCCUUCUCUUUCACACGCUGCGUCCCCAGCGGCCUGAGGCGCUGUCGCCGGAUGCCUGUACACCCCAAGCAGGCAGCGAAGGCGGCGUCGUUGGAUCCGGCAGAGCUGCGUACCUCCAGAAUGUCGCCUUUCUGCCGUCUCUCGACGCAGCGGUCACACUCGCGGGCCCUACCGCCGUCCCUGUUCUCUCUUCGCUUUCCUCUCAAUCUCCUCGGAGCGACGUCCUUUUCAGCGCCUUUCCUCCCCUCGUCAGCUCGGUCCUCGACCCGGGUGUGGCGUGCGCCUCCGUUCCGGCCGGUUUUGCCGCCGUGAGAGCCGCGGCGCUCAGCGCCCUCGUCCAACUCGUAGCUGCGGGCCUCCUUGACCUCCAUCGCGUCACGGACGAGAUUCUCGCGAGUGCAGCUGCUCUUGAGAGAAACAGGACUGCACUGGCUUCUUCUCCGAAGCCAACCGAGUUUCCCGUUCGUGUGGAUUUGACCUCAAUUCUCCCCGAAGGUCUUCAAAGACUACUCUUCGCCUCCCUCCUUCAGGAGGCUCUCGCGGGCCGCGUCGGAGCUCCCCGCUUCGCCGGGGCUUCUUCUUCCACGCGUUCUUCUUCUCUCAACGCUGCUUCCUCGUCUCUCUCUCCGAGCCAAGGAGAGACCGAAGGAGAGCUCCAGUGCUCUCUGCCGUCUUGUGUGACUCUUUCAGAGGCCUCUGCUCUUUUAUCGAAAACGCUGCAGCGCCUCGCUGCCUUCGAUAGCCAUGUCGGUCUCUCCAUCCUCGAGCCUCUCAGUGACGUUCUCCUCGCCUGCUGCGCCUCCGAGAACGCGGCGCCCACUGCAUGCGAAACCGGAGAUCUGCCGCUCUUCCCCCUUCCUUCGUCUGACUCUCUCCCCCGAUACUCCCACAGUUCCUCACCUGGCAAACAGGCACAGGCCGAGAGAGAAGCUGACGAAGGGAGGCUUGCGGGCUCGAGCUGCAUGGCGCACCAAGAUGCGCCGGGGAGACAAGGGUACGCAAAAUCUGAAGAGAAGGGCAUUGUUCGCGCUUGCGACUUCUUUUCUUCAUUGCGCUUCUCUCCGAAAACCUUUCGAAGCGACGUUCUCCUACACUUGGUCCUUCCCCUCCUUCGGGACGCCCUGCUCGUCUGUGGAGCUCCCGAGACGCGAUCCCGGGCCCUCGCGAUCGAGCGGCUCCUGGCGGCCGCUGCGGCGUGUGUCGAGGCCGAGCGCCGAGCGCAUUCCUCCGCGGGGGAAGCGAAUGCUUUUUCUCAGGCUGUGAAACCUGCGAGGUGCGGAGAUCAGAGGACUGGCCUGGGGUUAAACGGAGGCCCCCCCUUUGCCAGGGACGGAGACUCGAAGAAAGGGCAAAAUGUAGCGCACGAAGAAGCAGAUCGAACGGCUAGCAAGCAGGAAAACGCGAAAGAAGUAGAAGAGGAACCUGUAGGUCUCUUGCUUCGGUUCAUCUUUCAAGAACUGCACAACGUUGACCCGCCAUCGGGAUUCCUCUCUUGCUGGGAUGCAGCGCACCGGGUUCUCAAGUUGCGGUGUACGUACACCCCGAGCGACGAGCAGGUUGGGCUCGGCAGCCAACUGGCGUUUGCGCUGCUUCACCGCGCAUGCCUCGAGCGCCAGAGUGGACGCGACGCAACUCUGAUUCUUCGUCGGUUCGCAAGUUGGAUUGAAGAGGAGGGAACGGCGUCGGCGGCGCAGCCGCUCGAGUGUCUUUUCCCGCAGAGAGGAGACGGAAAGUCCCCAGAGAGCGUCGCGCAGCGAGCGCCGUGGGACCCUCUGCAAGGAACAGAGAGUGUCUGGCGCGCGCGGCUACUCGCGUGUUCCGUCGGGUGGCUUCUCUGGCAGUUUCCAAGUGAAUCGGAACUCGGGCCGUUGCUGCAUGCAUGCGCGCAUCUUCUCUCGCUUCUCGCCUCGCUCUCUGGAGCCCGAGAGCAAACAGUCAGAGACGGGGACGCUUCCUCGCGUGCACCAACUGCAGGCAGAGGAGGCGGCGCCGGAGUGGACGGCGCUUCGGCGGAGACAGGAUACAGUCAAGGGUCUCCUGUUCGCGCGGAGCAACAAGCUUUGUUCUCUUCGCACCUCGUCCUCCUCGUGCCUCUCCUUAGUCUCCAACAGACCUGCCCCCGAGACAGCCCGCACCUGUCGCGCGUCGCAUGGCUCGCCGAGGCAGCUGCGUCGGCGAGCCGCGCGUGUCUCCAAGCUGGAGCAGAGGCGCUCAGCAGGUCUUCUGCUCCAGGAGCGAGCCGACGAACAGGCGAGGGCGCGAACUGCGAGAGAGCUGUCGCGACACUCGAAGGAUUGCCGGCGCGUCUCGGACGGGCUGCUGGCAGCCACCUCUUGCCCUGGCUCACGGCAGCUCUGUGGCUUUUCCACAUCAUUGACAGACCUUUGGUCGAACUCACAACGCAAUCAGAAACUCUCCGGUCUCCUCUGUCUCUUCACUCGUCUUCUUCGAAGUCUUCGUCUUCUUCUCAUUCUUCGUCUUCUUCUCACUCUUCGUCUUCUUCUCAUUGUUUGGAUUCUCAUUGUUUGGAUUCUGCUGGUUCGGUCCAAGGUGGAGACUCACAGGCGCACUUGUUUCUGGGUUCCUUUUUUUCCGGGGACGCCUUCUCCAAGGGUCUGUCUCCGCUGGUGUUUGCGCGCGACCACGGCCUCGUCUCUCUUCUUCUCUCUGUUCUCCUGCUGUCGGAGUUUCCCCAACAUAGGGCGCAUGCAUGCAAGGGCCUCCUGGCCACCCUGCAGGCGCAGCCUUUGGAGGCGCAGCGCGCCCUGCCGGUCCUCCACUUCGCCGCCGCGCACCUCCCUCUGCUGCCUCUCCUCGCCUCCCUCAGGGCGCUGUCGCUCGCAUCUCUCCCAGCCUCUCAGAGCGAAAACACAGAGCAGCAACAGCAGACAGAGACUCACGAGACAGAGAGACGGAAGGCAGACAGACAGGCGACAGAGAGCGAAGCGAGACAAGGAACGACGCAGCGAAGAACAGUCGUGGAGAGGGCACAUCGAGAUUGGCGAGGCGAGGGGAGUACGAGGGAGACUCCACAGAGACCUGCAGCGGGCUCUGCGGGCAUGGCGGAAGAGAGACAGCCGAGAGGAACGCUGGAGGCUGUGAGGGGGCCAUUCGAGAGCGCGAGCAUUCUUCUGGAAGAAGAGUCGAUCCGUUCUGCGCUGUGCUCCUGUGCAGCUGUCUCCGCUGCCCGGUUCUCCCACUUCCUUGGUGCGGCCGCUCGUGCGUCCUGGGCCUGCGAAGGAAGCGACCAAGGCGGCGUAGAGAGAGGGGAAUUGUUUUCAGGCUUCCCCAAGGCGUCUGUAGAGACAGCAGGGCCUGGGGGCAGAGCUGCGGAAGCCGAGAGGCGCAUGCAUGCGCUGGCGGCUCUGUGGCGAGUGCAGCAAGUGGCAGUCGUUGCUCUGACGGGUCACGUUCUCGCGGCGCUCCCAGCGGACAAGUACCUGGUGCCGCCUGCGUACAGAGCUCUCUUGGAUAUCUCCGGAUACAGCGGAUCUCCUCCCGCAUCGCAUGAGAAUUCCUUCUCUUCUGGAAUCUCCCCGUCUCGAGUUCUAGAACGGAGCUCCUCGUGUCUCACAUGGGCGCCGCUCGACCCCUCUCUCUUCACGCCGGCGCUCCGCGCGUGUCUUCUCCAUCCGCUCUUGACUCGACUCUUUGUCGUCGGUGAACUGUCUCCGUCGAAACUGCUCCUUUCUCCCGAGUCGUCUGCCCUGUUCCCUCUCUUCACGUUCUGCUCUGCGCCGCCUGCGCGGACUCCUUCUCGCGCGUCUUCUGCUUUCGCGUCUCUGUCUUCGCUGUCUUCUGCGUGCGAGGAGCCCGCGACUGCAGAUGCGGGGCAGCGAGCUGUGAGUCGCGCAAUGCUGCUGGCUGUUCAAGACAUCACGCGAGGGAGUUCCGGCUUUGCUUGCACCGGAGCCGCGGCGCCUCUCCUUCAGCAUGCACUGCCGCAGAUCCAGCUAGCUCUCGAGGCCGAGACUGCGGCGAUCCGCGCCCAGGCCGUCGACCUCCUUUCGCUGUUUUGUCUUGCGGGCGUGCUCUGUCCGGGCAAAGUGAAGCGAAUCCUCGAGAAAAAAAAUCUCUUGAAUCUCUUUCAACAACCUCCUGAAAUCACACGCGCAGUUGCGUGCUUCCUCCGGGCCUACAUCGUGUGUCUCCUCCACGCUUCCGCCGAUCCGUCUUCUUCUGCCUCUUCUUCGUCCUCCGAUGUGAGAGUCGCUUCACUUUCUGGGGAGGAGGAGGCGAAGGUGCUUGAGGUUCUGGGUCUCCUUGAGGAAAUCUGUCAGCUGGGUGCAUGCGCGCGGGCGCGGAGUGUCUCUUUUCUGGGAGCGAGCCUCGUUGUGCCUGCUUUGUACGACGCAGAAGGCCAACCUGUCGCCGUUCCUGCGCGAGAGGAAGCGCCGCUUUCAGCUUCGUCUUCGCGCUUCUCGGAGCAGAAAGUGGAGACCCCUGGCGGCGCGUCCGUCCCCCUCGAGAGGUGGCGCCCUUCCCCUCCGCAGGCGCUGGCGGCGAGCACUCCCUGCUUCACUCAGCGAGGUCGCCAGACGGAGAAGCAGACGACUGGGCUUCCACUGGAAGCUUCGCUCUCGACUUGUCGCUUCCUCACGCCGUCCGGCCUCGCGUCGCUUUUGCUCCUCCCGCUUUCGCUCGCCUCAGUGCGCGGGGCGGCUCUCGCCCUGGCCGCGGCGAUGCAAAAGGAACGAGGCCUCUUGGGUCGACGCCGAGCGGAGGGUGCUACGCACGCAAGCGGGAGAAGUCGGUGCAUGCUGAGAAUUCUGCGCAUGCUCCACGAGAAACGCGAAAGAGCCGCGGCGAGAGGCAGCAGACCCUCGCCAUCGACCGCCGACAGGGCCGGAGGCGGCAUCAUCCAGGGCGAGGAAGUUGUCAGAGGGGACGGGAAGAGAAGAGAAGCGAGCGGCGACUGCGGCGAGGAAGAACGAGGAGACAGAGGCGGAGCAGGAAAUGUGGACGGGGAGAACGCAAUCAUUUCCAUGGUUCUUCUCGAAGAACACAAAACCGAUCCACGGAAAAAAGGUUCCGGAGCUGCGACAGAAAGGCUCUUGGCCGAUCGCCAGCGCGCCGCUUUCCUCGCUCAGAUCAAAGCCGCCGCCUCAACCAGUCGCCUCCAACACCCUCUCCUUCUUCCGCUCUUCCCGCGACUCUGGCGGGAACUCUUGAUCGAAUACAUGGAGUCUCUUCCGAGCAGCGAGAGUCGGUUGAUGUUUUCGCGCGACGGUCGGCUGUCGGGCGGGAAGAAUCGCACAUGCACGCGAGAGCUUGAGAGUCUUUUUGAAGCGAUAGCACCUUGUCUUCUGAAUUCUUCUUCGAGGUUGACUCAGCAACGGCCUCCUCAGUUCGCCGCCUUCUCCUCCUUUCUCGCUUCCCUCGCGCUCGUCCACCCCGCCUUGGCGCCGCGAGCUGUACAGACACUCCAGCGGUGUCUCUUCGUCGACGCCGUCGGAGACACCCGAGAGACGCCUGACUGGAUUGUCUCGGGGUGUCUGUUGGCGCUCUCAAGUCUCCACGGGGCGUCGAUAACGGUCCCAGAUUUUUUCCCGAUGUGCUGCUUCCUUCUUCGCGAGUCGUCCUCCGCGGCGACCCAAGGCACUGUGUUCGUUGCCGCAGCUGCGGAUGCGCGGGCGCACCCGACAGACAAGGCUGAGCUUCUUCGGCUCCUUCAGCUGUACGUACACCUGGGGCGUCACGCGAGCUGCGCAGAGGGCGAGGCCGCGGCGCGGCGGCGGAUCCGCGCGUUGAAGGCGGAGGCGCGACGAAGGGAUGGAGACGCGGAAGAAGAGCCAGACGGUGGCGAGGCCGGCGAGGAAAUGAGUUCGUCGGCAAACCCGAAUUUGCAUGCAGUGGCUUCAGAGGGCGUGUCGCAGAACGCUCUCGAGGAACUCGAAGACGCUCUCUGGAGUCUUCCGUUGGAGACGCUUCCUCUCGGCUGGUUCCUGGGCCUCGCUUCUGUGGCCCGCCUUCUCCACGAGAAUGUGCCUGACCCAACAGUCUUCUUUUCCUUUUUCCACCAUACCACGCUGAGGCUGGAAGCUGCUUUCUUUGGUUGCCAUAAGCACAGGGCAGGACUCCAGAAGAACAAAGGAGAGAAUCCCUCACCCCUCACGACUUCUUCCUUUUCUUCCUUCUCGUCCUCUGCGUCCUCGCGUGACGCGCCAGUCUCUCUCGCGCUGCUGCCUCUCUCAACGCUGGUGCCUGCGUUGCUCGAGAGCGGCGUUUUGAGUCUUCGACGAGUCUGCGACUUCCUCUCUUCUCUCGCUUCGUUCCUCGCGUCGGCCUCCGAUGCCGUCUCCGCCGUCUGUUGGUUCGCGGUCGCCCACCUUGUCUGGUCUCUCUCAGGCUUCUUGGCUCGCCACAUGCGCACAUCCUCCCCCGUCUCUUCGCGGUCGUCUUCUCUCCGUGGCGAACAAAACGCGGGUUCGUCUUCUAGAAUGUGCGAAGCCUUGCUUCGACUCCACGACUUGCUUGUCGCCUGGCUCGCCUCCUCGAGCUCCGUGGCGGACCGCGGCGCCCGUGCACUCGCCGUCGCCGCUCUCGCGGGGGUACAUACGCCGCUCGGCAGCCCGGGAAAGAGUGGACAGCCGUGUACCUUUGCAGAGGACCUCGCGUCUGCGGACGGGCGGCCGUUUCACGCAGUUGGGAUGUUCCUCCGACGACUGCAUGCGCGGCUGCAGAGAGAGGCAGGGGAGGCGACCGAGAAGACACACCCGCACUCUGCGUCGCAAGACCCCUCUGCGCCGCCAGGCGCAGACUCAUCUUCUCGAGUUCUGACUGAGGACGAGGCAUACAACUCGACAGAAGACGCGACAGAGGACGCCGCAGACGACGGCUGGGGCGAGAGAGGAGAGGAAGGCAUUCCGUCUGCAAUCGCGCAGUUCCUCGAGCAGCUCGAGGCGUCUGCUGCACCGCUCGUGAGACUCCAAAGCGGCGUCCAAGCGACUCCGCGCACCGCAGAUCCCGAAGGCACCUUCGUGCUCUGUCAGCUGUAUGUACAGCUGAGGGCGUCGGCGCGAGGUGGCGUGCAUGGGAGGGCGCACCAGGUGCUGCCAGAACAGUCUCUCCUGCGGUUUGCCGUCGACGAGGUUCUCCGGGCGGCCCGCGCCUCGUGUCUUCCGCGCUUCCUUCCUGCCCGACAGGCUUCGAGGCCCUCCUCGAGUUCGGAAGUCGCUGAAUGUACUGUACAACCCUUCGCGUUUGCGUUUCCUUCGUUUCCUUCUUCGGAUUCGUCUUCCGCGUCUUCUGCUUUUCCUCUGGCUUCGUCGGCGGCUGUGUGCCCACCACAAACGCGGACCGACUACCUGCAGCUCGCGCACCUCGUGGCGCUCUUGGAGGCCUUGGCGGCCGUUCGCCCGUCGCUCCCCGACCUCGGACUGCAUGCGCCGCUGGACCGACUCUGGUGGCUGGCAGCCGCACGCCUGGAGGAGCUGUUGAAGCCCCGAGAGGUCGAAAAGAAGACGAGGGAAGCUCGGCAGUCGCGGCGUCCAGGACAGCGCUGCACAGACGCCUCAUGCAGAGAUGAAAGAAACACUCGUAGAGGAGACGAAGAACUCGAAGAGGAGACAGAAAGGGUAGAGAGGCUUGAGAAGGCAGAGGGUCGCGGGAGAUCGGAGGAUGCGUCCGGAGAUGAUAGACGCGAUGAAGAGGAGGUCGAGGCACUCUGGGGGCUGCAGAUUGCCCUCUUGCGCGUUUGCGGUGCGCACGCAUGUAACGCGCCGCUGCUUGCGCAGGUUAGCUGCUCGUGGGCUUAUGCAAUGUUCUUCGCGGAGAACGCAGGCGAGGAAAAGAGAGGCCAGAGAGAGGAUCGAGAAAGAAAGAUUCCGGGAGAACAACCGCGAGACGCCGACAAACAAGACGCUCGACCCUCCAGUCUCUGUCUUAACCCCGAAGCCCCAAGCGCCGUUCGGAAUCUCGCGAGAACACACACACCUUCUCCACCUUGUUCUUCGUCUUUGGCUUCCUCACUGCACAGGAAGGCUCCUAUGUCUCGAGCUGUCAAAUUUGUCUUCCUCGCGGAGUUGCCUUCGCUUCUGGAGGCGCUGCCGAGAAGCGAGGCGGUUUCUCUUCUCGCCCACAUUUUCACGCGCGGGCUCGAAGGCCCCCAGCGGGCCCCGAAGCUGUGGUGCGCGGCUCUCUUCGCCCUGAAGCGCGUCCUGCUCGCGUUUUUGGACUGUCGUGACGCCGCGGCCGUCGCGGGCGGGGGAAGCAGCGACAGAGUCGCCCUCUCAGGCUUUCUCGCAGAAGAGGAACAAGACGAAAGCCUUCGGCAAAUUGAACAGCUUCUCGGGCAGUGGCUUCUGCCUCGCCUUUCGCUCGACCCGGUCCUCGCGCAACCUGCCGGAAACGCGGCAGCUCCAUGCAGUGUACCUACACCCGAAGCCACGAAGUGUGGCGCCGUCGGGAGGCGGGGGAUGGUCCCCUUUCCCGUCCUGGCGCACUUGGCCGAGGCGCUCGAGGUUCUCCUCGUGGCGAAGAAGACGCGUAGAAAGAAGGGAAAGUCUGAGGUGAACGACGCGCAAAGCCCCUUCCACGCAGACUGCAUCGAGGGCGUCUCUCACCUCCCUGUCCUCGUUCUCGGAUACCUCAUCCUCAAACGCGUCCUGCCUACUAGCCACCUGCAUCGACUGCGAGACCAACUUCUUCUCCCUCCACAACAUCUUUCGCCUCUUUCCUCUGCAGCUUCUCCUGUGUCGCCUUCUUCUGGGGAGAGAGGGGAAGCAGCUUCCGGCUUCGCGAGUCUCGAGACCGAGGAGCUCUCUCUGCCGUGUCGUCGUGACUUCGUCGACCGCGAGCUGGUUUCCUUUGCCUUCAUUGCAGCUUCUCUGCCCUGGCCCGAACAGCUCGAAAUCCUCCACGGCGUCGUCUGCAGCGUCAGUGUCCACCGGGUGUCUGUACAGCGCGUCGUGCACCUGCUCGUCGCUUUCGCGCUUUUCGCGACAGCCCCACACCUGGCCGUUCUGCUACUUGACCCAGUUCUCGACGGCGUUUGCGAGAAAGAAAAAGGGAAAGAAGGCGCGAGGACGUUUGAAGAAGCUGCGAAGAGAAGCCGCUUUCCCGUCACGGGUGACGGGGCCGACGAAGAAAUCUCGCGAGAAACGAAACUGCGAGAACCGGAGUGUCUGUACACCUCCGAUGCGGGAAUUCGAUGGCUAAUGGACCAACAGAGAGCUGAGAGAGUGACUGAAGAGACGCGCUCACGACAGCGCUCUUCUUCCUCACGUUUUGUCUCCUCUUCUUCGUCUUCUUCUUCGUUUCCUGGCGCCUUUCUAGACUCGUGUCUUGGGUGGGAAGAGGAGGAAAGUGUGAAUCUUCAGUUAGCAGUUUCUCCAGAAGAGAGCGGCCUUUUUCCGUCUGUCCUUCAAAUUAUUCCUCGCGCGUUUCUCGGCAUCCGGAGUUUCUUCUCGUUCCACUUCUCCCCGAACCUUCCGCACUGGCAGUCGCUGCUUCUGCAUGCGCCCAGUCAGCGUCCUUCUCUCUUACCACCGUCGCUCUGUGCCCUCGCCCUUCCCCCAGCGACGGCCCUCGCCCUCUCGUAUGGCCAGCAAGAUGCGGCGCUCCUCCUCAAACGAAGAGAAAAACUCUUUCUUCGCAUUCACCUCCCUUCUUCUCUUCUUUUUUCUCUCUCUCCCUCUCUCACACCGGACCUCAAAUCCUUCUCUUCUUCUCAUUAUCCGUUCUCGCCUCCUUCGCCUUCUUCUGUGAGUGGAGAGUUGCGCGCGAGCUCGAGUCUGGAGUCUCUUUUCCGUCUCGCUGCUCCGUUCGCGUUGAGGGAAUUGCGAAUGCUGCUUGUGAAGUCCGCGCGUCUUCAGAAAGAAUUAAGUCUCCCGAGUGCGCAGGAACUCGGUUUGGAGAGAAAAGAUCUCGGACGCCGCUUUCCUCAGAAGGCCGAGAAAACUUCGGUUGACGUCCUGUGGCUGCUGAGGUGCUUUGAUGAUCUCCUCGCCUCUCCCUCUGUGUCUCGUCUCGUUCAGCUGUAA